UUAUCACGAUCACAGCCCAAAGUCCCCAAAUUGUUCAUUCACUUACCCAUCUCUCUCUCUCUCCACAUCCAUUUUUUUCAUCGAGUGGUUUUCCGGGUACGAUUGCUCUGACGAAAUGAGGAUAUUUGGGAGCUCGGGUGAUCGAAAUACCCUCCUUUUUGUUCUCUAAAGACCAUUUCGAAAGACAGUUUCUUGGUGGGGUCUUUUUUUUUUUUUUUUUUUUGUGCUAAAUUUUCUUCUUUGUCCUUGGCACCGUUUGUUCUUGCGUGACCAUGUCAGAGGCGAUUUUUUUUUUCGCUCUCUAGUUUUCUUUCUAUAGAACUGUAAAUUUCGAGAACUUUGGUUGCUCUCGCUUUGAAUUUGUGUUGUUGCCAACUCGAAUCGGGGUUAUUUUGUUUGUAACUAAUGGGGCUUGAAGGCUUUUGGAAUGUGCAAUUCUGGGGUUGAGAGCUCCGAGCUCGGAACCAGCUUGAAACUGAAGAGAGAAAGUAGGAUUUGGGGUUAAUUUAUUUGGAGUCUUAAAUUUAUGAACAUUUUUUGUUCUGCGGGCAAAAGGAGUUAGAUAAAUCUGUUUUGUGGAGAAGCGAAGGCAAAGAGAGUGCUCCGCUCUGUUAAGCCAAGGUAACUUUGGAGGUUGCUGCUGCUAUGGCUAUUCAGGAUCAAAGUGUGGGUAUUCUAUCACAUUCUCUUCUUCGGGCAAGCAAUGGAAUGCCUUUGAGUUCUGGCCUACAUUCUGUAACUGGCACCAAACUAAGAGAUCAGUUUUCUUGCGGGAAUAGUUGUGCUCCCAAGGUAAGGAAACAAUACACAAUCACAAAACAAAGAGAAAGAUGGUCAGAGGAAGAGCAUAAAAAGUUUCUUGAUGCUUUAAAGCUGUAUGGUCGAUCUUGGCCACGGAUAGAGGAACAUGUGGGCACAAAGACUGCAGUUCAGAUUCGAAGUCAUGCUCAGAAGUUUUUCUCUAAGGUCGUUCGUGACUCUAAUGGUGGCAACAUUAGCUCCGAGCCCAUUGAAAUUCCUCCUCCUAGACCAAAACGAAAGCCCAAACAUCCUUACCCGAGGAAACUUGGAAUUAGGCCUAAGAAAGAAACCUCCACCCUGAAACAGCCAAUAAGGUCCGCAUCUCCAAAUAUAUCAGUUUCAGAAGAAGAAAACCAAUCUCCAACCUCUGUAUUAUCUGCAAUCGGUUCAUAUGUAGCAGGUUCAGAUACCCCUAAUGACAGCUUCUCCCCUCUUUCUUCUGCAGCCAGUGUCCAAUCUGGUGGCUUAGUACUACUGCCAGAACCUAACCAAUCGACUGAGAGAAGUGCAUCUCCAUCACCAGCUCUAAUGACACUGAGUUCAGUUUCUGAUGCGCAACUUCCUACGAAACGCGAGUUACUUCCAAAAGGAAAUGCCUGUGCUAAUGAAGGUACGUUGGAGGAAUCGUCACCCCAGUAUCUGAAGAUUUUUGGAAGGACUGUAUUAGUUACAAAUUCUGGGCCAUCUUCUCAUGGCAUGGGGACUGGCAAUUUCAUACCAGCUGACAUGCAAGACGAAAAAUUUGUGCAAGCAUUACCAGUGAGCAGUCGGCCCGUGGAAUCAUUAACGGGGAAUACAGAAUGUGUUUGGAGUCAUUUUCCCCAUGUCACACAUGGUGCCCUCUCUUUCAUGCAAUGCCAGAAAGAAAGCUCAAAUCGUGUAGAAGAUAGUACAGCUGCUCAUAUGCCAUGGUGGACCUUUUAUGGGGGUUUACCAUUUCCUUUUCUACCAUUCCAUAAGGAGGGCCCAUCGAAAGCAUAUGUGGACUCUGAUCUAGGAGAAGUCCAAGAUAAAGUUCAGAAGGAAGGGUCCUGUACUGGUUCAAAUACUGGAUCAGUAGAUGAGGAAAAUGGUGAUAAAUGUUCAGAAGCUGAGACCCAGAGUCGGCCGAUUUUCCUUGGAAAUGAGAAUCAAAGAGGAGGCCUAGUUUUCCAAUUAAGACAAAGUGAAAAAUCAGCUUUCUCUAAGCCAAGAAAGAGCCCUGAAAAGUGUGUGAAAGGGUUUGUACCAUACAAAAGAUGUAUGACAGAGAGGGACAUCCAGUCCUCAACAAUAACAGGUCAAGAGGGGGACGAGAAACGUAUCCGGCUUUGCUUGUAGUGUCCCUCGACGUAGUUUCCCUGUAGCAAUUUCCUUCUACUUGCUGACAGUUUAACUGGCCGAGGGGCUGAUCUGGGUACAGUUUAGUGGGCUAGAGAGAGAGAGAGAGAGAGAGAGAGAGAGAGUGGUUGGAGCAAAUUAUCGUCGAGUUGUUCUGUUUUUA